UGAACAAAGGAGCGGGGAGCCGCCGCGGGGACCCGCCACCGACCUCCCGGGCCGCGCCGGCCUCCCGCCCGCCGCCACCAUGACCGCCAACGGCACGGCCGAGGCCCUGCAGAUCCAGUUCGGUCUCAUUAACUGCAGCAACAAGUACCUGACGGCCGAGACGUUCGGGUUCAAGGUGAAUGCGUCGGCCAGCAGCCUGAAGAAGAAGCAGAUCUGGACGCUGGAACAGCCGCCCGACGAGGCGGGCAGCGCAGCCGUGUGCCUGCGCAGCCACCUGGGCCGCUACCUGGCGGCGGACAAGGAUGGCAACGUGACCUGCGAACACGAGGUGCCCAGUGCCGACUGCCGCUUUCUCAUCGUGGCGCACGACGACGGCCGCUGGUCGCUGCAGUCCGAGGCGCACCGGCGCUACUUUGGCGGCACCGAGGACCGCCUGUCGUGCUUCGCUCAGACCGUGUCGCCGGCCGAGAAGUGGAGCGUGCACAUCGCCAUGCACCCCCAGGUCACCAUCUACAGCCUGGCCCGCAAGCGCUACGCGCACCUGAGCGCGCGGCCGGCCGACGAGAUCGCAGUGGACCGCGACGUGCCCUGGGGCGUCGACUCGCUCAUCACGCUGGCCUUCCAGGACCAGCGCUACAGCUUGCAGACGGCCGACCACCGCUUCCUGCGCCACGACGGGCGCCUAGUGGCGCACCCCGAGCCCGCCACCGGCUACACGCUCGAGUUCCGUUCCGGCAAGGUGGCCUUCCGCGACUGCGAAGGCCGCUACCUGGCGCCGUCGGGGCCCAGCGGCACGCUCAAGGCGGGCAAAGCCACCAAGGUGGGCAAGGACGAGCUCUUCGCCCUGGAGCAGAGCUGCGCCCAGGUCGUGCUGCAGGCGGCCAACGAGAGGAACGUGUCCACGCGCCAGGGUAUGGACCUGUCUGCCAAUCAGGACGAAGAGACCGACCAAGAGACUUUCCAGCUGGAGAUCGACCGCGACACCAAAAAGUGUGCCUUCCGCACCCACUCGGGCAAGUACUGGACGCUGACGGCCACCGGGGGUGUGCAGUCCACUGCCUCCACCAAGGAUGCCAGCUGCUACUUUGACAUUGAGUGGCGUGAUCGGAGGAUCAUACUGCGCGCGUCCAAUGGCAAGUUUGUGACGGCCAAGAAGAACGGCCAGCUGGCUGCCUCGGUGGAGACAGCAGGGGACUCGGAGCUCUUCCUCAUGAAGCUGAUCAACCGCCCCAUCAUCGUGUUCCGUGGGGAGCACGGCUUCAUUGGCUGCCGUAAGGUCACAGGCACCCUGGACGCCAACCGCUCCAACUACGACGUCUUCCAGCUGGAGUUCAGAGACGGGGCCUACAACAUCAAAGACUCCACAGGCAAGUACUGGACGGUGGGCAACGACACCUCCGUCACCAGCAGCAGCGACAGCCCCGUGGACUUCUUCUUCGAGCUCUGUGACUACAACAAGGUGGCCAUCAAGGUGGGCGGGCACUACCUGAGGGGGGACCACGCGGGGGUCCUGAAGGCCUGCGCUGGCGCCAUCGACCCCACCACGCUGUGGGAGUACUAGCGC